GAACAGGUAAAUUGUGAAAGAGAAAAUGAGGCAGAAUGUUCUCCUUUCGAUCUCAACAUUUUGUUAAUAUCUAAUAAUCACAUAAAUAAUUUCUUCAGAAACUUCUGUGAACACAUUAAUGCUCAAAUGAAGAGAUGAAGUUCAUUUGUUUGACUUUGCUGAUUUUUAGUGGAAUUACAGAUUCAAGAUCAGAGCGGUAUGAAGUCGUGGGAUCUUCAGAUCCUGUGUUUGCUGCAGCUGGUGAAGAUGUGAUUCUGCCGUGUUCAGUCAAACCCAACAUCAGUGUUGUGGACAUGAGAUUGGAGUGGUUUAGAUCUGAUCUGAAAGACUCACAACUAGUGCAUCUUUAUGAGGAUCAUGAAGACAGAAACAGAAAUCAGAUUCAGUCCUACAGAGAGAGAACAAAACUGAAUCAUCCAGAACUACAGAGAGGAGAUGCAUCACUCAAACUCUCAUCAGUCCAAGUCUCUGAUGAAGGACUUUAUAAGUGUUUUAUUCAGUCCAAAUCCUGGUAUGAUGAUACCACUGUUGAUGUCAGAGUUGAAGCUGUAGGACGUCCUCCAGUGAUCACUGUAGAUGGGUUUGAUCAUUCAGGAGGGCUUCAUCUACAGUGUGAAUCUGAAGGCUGGUAUCCUGAACCUGAUCUUGAGUGGCUGGACAGUAAAGGAGUCAGUUUGCGUUCAGAAACUACAGAGACACACAGAAACACAGACAGAUUCAGUGUGAAACACACCACCACUGUACAUCACAGUGACAAGAUUCACUGCAGAGUCAAACUGAGACAUCACAUGAUUGAGGCACUGAUUAUCAGCUCAAGUAAUAUGUUUAGUUCUUGGAGGACUUCAGUCAUCAUGAUUUCAGUUGCUGUUGUGCUCAGUGUGAUUGCUGGAAUACUGAUAGCUGUGUUUGCUCGUAAAAACAGAGAUCACGAUCGACUACAGAAUGAGAAGAACAGACUACAACAUGAACGUGAUCAACUGAAGACUAUCAUCCCUCAAGUGAAUGUGAUUCUGGAUGCUGAUACGGCUCAUCCUCGUCUCACCGUGUCUGAUGAUGGGAAACAAGUGAGAGAUGGAAAGAGUCGAACAGAAAGAGUGGAUGGAGGAAAAAACAGAUUUAAAAAUUAUCUUGGUGUUCUUGGGAAGGAUGGAUUCUCCUCGGGGUGUUUCUACUUUGAGGUGCAGGUGAAGGGACAAACUGAGUGGGAUUUAGGAGUGACCAGAGAAUCUGUGAACAGGACAGGGUCGAUCAAUGUGAUUCCUGAGGAUGGAUACUGGGCUGUGGGUCUGUAUAAUGGGGAGUAUCAGGCUCAUGAGUCUUCAUCUGUCUCUCUUUCUCCGAGUGUGAAUCCUCAGAGGAUCAGUGUGUUUGUGAAUUAUGAGAAGGGUUUCGUCUCCUUUUGUGAUGUGGAGUCCAUGUCUCAUAUCUACUCUUUCACUAAUCAGUCUUUUAAUGAGAAACUCUAUCCAUUUGUUAGUUUGGGGCAUCUGUAUAAUGAAGACCCCACUCCACUGAUUAUCUGUGAUGAUUAUUAAUGAGAUCAGAGACUGAAUUUACAUGAUCCACAGAAACAAACCAAAAUACAAUUUAAAAAGUGUAACAGCAAUAAAUACUAAAUAUUAUUUGCGCUUCCAGUCAAAAAUAUGGUCACACAAGGGUGAUUUUAUGUUUUCUGUGAUCAUAAAAUAUUUUGGGUUUAAGACUUCUGCUUUAAAUGUGUAAAAUUGCUUUUUUUGUAAAUAAAUAUAAAUAAUGCCUAUGUACAUAUGAAUUUCUUUAAGAGACAGAGGCUUUACUUUAUGAUGAAUAAUGUUUUGAUCUGUAGAUGAUGAAUGAAAAGCAUCAUGAAGAGCUCAUCGUGCAGUUCACUGUUUCUCCUUCAACACUGUUUGCUGUCUGUGUAUGAAUGUUUUUAAUUACUGUUUUUUUAUUAUUAAUUUGAUUUCUCAUUGAUUUUCUAUUUCAUUGAAUAACAGUUAAAUUAAAUGAAAGUUUUAAAUGUUCUGUUAUUUUUCUGUUUGAGCUUCUCCGAACAGAAUUGAUUUUGAGUGUCAAGCUCCUAAAAGAACUGAUACACACAGUAAACCUGGUUUAGUUCACCUUGUGUUUGUGUUAUUUGGACUUUUAGGUUACAUUCUGCCCUGUUUUGUUCCUGUUCUGUUCUGUUUGUAGUCCUUUUGUAGUUUUUCUUAUUGAGUAGUUAGUAGUAGUAUUAGUAGUAUUG